AUGAAUAACAGUGAUUCUGAUCAUGACAGUACCACAGUUAGCUAUUCUCUUGAAGAGGAUCGAGUACGAGACCUUGAUGAGAACAUGAUCGACUCACCCCCACCGGACGGACGCCACCACGAGGAACCACCCCCUCGUUACGAGGACGUGAUAGAAGGACAGGAAGAAGAAGGAGGAGGGGAGGAGCAUAGGGAGCUGCUGCAACCUGAGGGAAUGGAGGAAGGGGUCAGAGAAGAAGAGGAAGAGAUAAAAGUAGUAGUGGAAGAAAUGCCUCAAGCUGAAGAUCCUAUCCCAUCUUCCGACAAUGCCACGCCCCAAGACACGCCCACAACACGAGAAACAUCAAUCGAAUUCCCCCUGACUCAUUUUUAUGAACUAGAGGGUCGAACCCACACUGAUCAAUGGUCCAUACCUUAUAAAAGAGAGGAAUCACUGGGAGUUUGUAUGCUGGCUACUAUUAGGAUGAUGAAAGAAGGUGCUGGAGUUGCUGAAGCUGACGAGAAUUGCGUCAAGUUUUUACAGAGAACCAUGCCAAGCUGCUUUGAUAAAUUGUUAGCUCAUGAUGCUGUGUUCAGGUGGGAUGAGUCCAUCAUGAAAGGAAUCCGUGAGAUGACGUUGAUACUAAUGGAGUUGAUCAGUGUUAGGCUAAGAUAUAAACCAGUUCCAGUUUAUUUAUUGAAUAUGUUGUCACUGGUUGUUAGGUUAACAGAGGAACCCUUUUCUCCUGCUCGUACUGGUCUAAAGAACCCAAUAGCAGUCGAGAGAGUAAGGGCGUGGCUCAUUGAGAAUAAGGUCUUAUCAAUAGCAUUCGGAGGUAAUCUACAUCAGGCCCAGUAUUGUGAUAAAGUGAAAUCAAUCGUCGAGUUUUUGGGUACCGACCUCUCGACAGACGAACUCAACACUAUAUGGGACAUGCAGGUUGACAAGAAUCCUGCUCAAGUGGAGAACAUUCAUAAUAUACUAGCGUAUGCAGCUUCAAGAUUCUCACCACAACAUAUGGAUACUUUAUUUCAACUAAUUCAACAAAGUUGGGAGAAAGCCUCUUCUGACAGAUACAGAGAGAAGCUGCUAGGACUGAUUGGAAAGAUUGGGAAAGACGAUAGGACUGGAAAGACUGCUUCAAAGAUUUUAGAGCUGUUAUGGGGUCUGGCCCAUUUGCCUCAGUUGAGUCGUGAGAUGGUGGAGCUGGCCCUGGACUCUCAUCACUCGAUACUGAUAGAGUCAUUCCAUACCAAAGACAGUGACAAGAGAAACUAUAUUGGUAAAUGUGUUGAAGAUAUUAAGAAAUGUCAGUGGGUAGUAUCAGCAUUGCUUCAGUUGCACAGACUAGCUAAAGGAAUGUUCAGGUCUAGUUAUGGACACAAGGACCAGCAACAGAUAGCAGAACUGCAGAAACAAUACGACCUGUUGAGAACUGUCUCUGGAACCAUGAACAAGAUUCAUGCUAAAACAGUUGCUGCCUGCAGAGAAAAAGGAGAAGAACUAACUGGUAAUACCAUCAUUGAUGGUCGUUACACACAAGAAGAGUGUAUAAAUGCUCAUCUUGAGUUGUUACACUUCUUACUUCAAGAUGGCUCACUCUAUCUUCCUUUUAAAAGAUGCAAUGAAGUGUGGGACACACUCAUUGCUAAUCCUGAUGCCUGUGCCUCUGAUAGAAGAUUGGCCUUCAAGUGGUUUGAUCGCUCCAUUGGUGACCUUGAGAGUGACACUCAACAAAGCCUGUUUACUAAACGAGUCCUACGAGUAGAGCCUGUACUACUGGACAUGGCUGGGUAUCAUUGUAUUAGGAGCUUCUUUGAGACUAUUAACCUGGCGGAGAGGAAACUGAGGAAACUUCACUCACACCAACUGGUAGUAGAUAAUCCUGAUUUAACUGGUAUAGAUUACCUCUGGAAGGCUGCCCUUGAAGUCACAGACAGUAUAAUAGCUGAUGAACUGAUAUCACACAUACUACAAAUAACAUACAAUGUACUAGGGCCCAAACUGAAGAAGGAGCCCGAGAAGUUACAUCGUCGGUUUAUUGACGAGUGCUUCACUCGUCUGGAGAGUCUCAUAGAACCAGUUGAAAGCCUUGACCCUAACUUAAGAGUCCAGUGUGUCGAGAGACUCCUCCUACUAGCACAACGCUACCUCACUACGGUUGAGUGUCAUUCUAACGAGACCUUAUCUUCAUUGAGGAAGAGGGUGAGCGAGAGGCUUAAAGUAACUCUGGAACAAAUCCAAAUAGGAACGACAGAGAAAUGGUUAACUCAUUACAAUAAGUUGCUGCAUCAGUUGAAUCUGACUGAAGAGCAUCAGAUAAUAGUCAAGACUACCAGUGUUGGAUAUAGCUCCUCAUCACUUGAUACUAACACUGAAAGAUUAAAGAUUGCUUUGAGACAAGAGAGGCUGUUGCCAGGUGUCAUAAUGGCUAACGAGAAAGACAUUUUUACAAAACUGGAGCAGCUCUGCCAAUCGGGAGAACCAAGGGUUAUAGAAGCAGUACGGACUCUUCUUUCUCUCAUUCCUAUUAAUCAGAAGGUUCUUGAGGCUCUUGAGGUUUUUGUUCAUCCGAUAUCAACUGAAGGAGCUUCAGAGGAUACUCGUCUCCCUCCGACUCCAGCAGCUGUCCUCUCAGAUUUUUACGAUGCAUCAAAAGUCUCUCCUACACAAUUACUGUAUAACCUUGAGGUCCUCAGUGGUAAGCUAAUGCCGACCAAUCAGAUCACUGAAGUCGAUUCAUCUCAAACUUUCCGUCGAAACUUCCUAGAGGCCGAGGGCCUCAAAGUUGUCCUUAACAUACUCCACAGCUCCAAUUUCCCUCCAGAAACCGACGUCACCGUCCGUCAAGACUGUUACGCAAUCACUCUAACCCUAGCGAGAGUCCUUUUAUGUCCUCCGCCCACUUCAUCCGAUACUGAAGGUGGUGUGGAGGGAGUUGAUAAGCCACACCUUCCUGUUGGUAGACAGAUGAGUCGGAAUGUAGAGGAUGAGGUCGCUAGACAUACGAUAGAGACAAUGACUAAUGAUGAUUUCCGAACCAUCCUCUCCUGCCUAAUGAGAGUCUGCUGGUCAGCAGGAGCUGGUAAACUGUAUCUUGCUACAGGAGAGGGCAGCGAUCAGUUGAAGUCUGGCCUGUGCUCUUUCACUACCAGUGUAGUUAACAGCAAGGAUGUCAGUAUUGCUCAAGAGUCUCUAGAACUUCUCGUCACUUGUCUAAAACUUCGUAAAAACCUUUUGAAAAUAUUUUAUGAGCUCUCACGUGUAGAAGAGUUUGUGAUUGAUGUGUUGCUGGGCUCCUCCCAGCCUGACCUCCGGAACCAAAUGAUGGAAUCCUUUUUUGAUCUUUGUUUGGACGCUAGGUUUUACUCAGUGUCUUAUGAAGAUUCAGAGGAUCAGUCCAAUCAGCCCAAGAGACCCUGCCCCUCCCCCUCAGAGACUCCACAACAUUUCUUCCUUCACCUCCUUCUGAAUUCUACCCCUACCCUGUUGCUAUGGAAACUGACCCCGCCCAGCAAUUCCGACCUAGUGCUGUGGGGAAGGUGUACGGAAUAUUUUAUUUUUUUAUCUCACCUUCUCAAAAGAUUAUUAGUAUCUGAGCAGGAGUCUCUCUCCAUUGAUGUCCAUCACAUGUUAAAGAAGGAGUUGGACUGGUUAUCAUCAGUGACCAUACCUCCCCCUCCUUGUCCUCCAGUACAGACACUCCUUGCUGGACACUUGAACCUCAUAAGAGCUUUGAUGUCUUGUCACGGUGUUGAUAAGUCCUCCUAUACUGAUACUUUGGUACCAGAUUUACUUGAUAAUUUUCUAUUCCCAGCCUCACAUUUGGUCUCACAAUCAAGAGAUCCAGAGGCUAAGGGUAUACUAAACAUUGAACCAAAGUGUAGUGAUGUUGCUGCUAGAGUUGCUGCCUAUGAUCUCCUGAUUGAGCUCUCCACCGACUGUCUUGCUAACUUGAAGUGUGUAGCCAACAGGUUGAUAGCAAUGCACCACAGCUGUAGACCAAUGAACUCUAAAGAAUGGGAGUUCCGUCCUCUCACCAUUGGUAGAUCUCCCUGUGGUUACGUUGGUCUUAAGAAUGCUGGUGCUACCUGUUACAUGAAUACAGUCCUGCAGCAGUUGUACAUGCAGCCCGGGAUAAGGGAGGCUAUACUGGGAGUGGAGAGAGAUGAAGAAGACUCAAGUAUCCUACCUGAUGUCCAGUGCAUCUUUGGUCAUCUCCUUGAGAGUAAUCUGCAAUACUAUACUCCUGACCUCUUCUGGAAGAACUUUAGACUAGAGGGUCAACCCGUCAACGUAUUAGAACACCAGGAUGCCUCUGAGUUUUUCUCAAGCUUGACUGAUCAGAUAGACGAGACUCUUAAAAAAAGAGGACACAGUAAAGUGUUUGAGGAGAGAUUUGGUGGACAGUUUCUGGACCAAAUCAUAUGUCACGGCUGUGAACACAGGUUUGAGAAGCAGCAAGGUUUCACGUCCCUCCAGCUCUCAGUGGUUCAGUCUAAGAGUCUCACUGAGAGUCUCCAGGAGUUUGUGCGAGGUGACAUGCUAGAGGGAGACAACAGAUACCUCUGUGGAGAGUGCCAAGAGAAGAGGGACACUUUAAAGCGUACCUGCAUCAAGACUCCUCCCCCUACCCUGGUAGUACACCUCAAGAGGUUUGACUAUGAUUGGGAGACUAACAGAGAAAUUAAAUUUAAUAAUUACUUUGAGUUCCCUAAGACGCUAGACCUGGAGCCAUACACAGCUGAAGGUAUUACGAGCCGUGAGAAAGGCCUAGGCCCCUCCUCUCCAUUAAUAUAUAACCUGACUGGGAUAAUAGUACACCAGGGACAAGCUUCAGCUGGUCACUAUUACGCAUUCAUUAAAACAAAGGGGAAAAAUACUUUUAUGAAAGCCACACCCUCGUUACACAAAGCCACGCCCACAAUACCGGAGGAGGAAGAGAUGGAGACUAUACAGACACACCCACUCCAGGAGGAGGAGAAGGAGGAGGAGCAAUGGCUCAAGUUUAAUGAUACUUUAGUGGAGCGAUUCAUCAUUGAUGAGUUCACACUGGAGACUGAGUGUUUUGGAGGCAGUGUUAGGAGCAACUCCUCUGAUCCAGUUCACACGUCCCAUCCAGAGAGUAGAGUGAGGCACUGGAAUGCUUACAUGUUGUUUUAUGAGGCAGCGAAUGAAAUCAAGAAAACACAAGACACUCGUAAAGAACAGGACAGUCCAGUGACUGUUGUACCAACAAUGUCCAGUGAAGAUAAUUUGAGUCAGUUACAAGAGCUGGUCACAAAAGGAGAGAAAAGAGGAGUUUUUAAUGAUAACAUACCCCUCACCAUACAGAGAAGUCAAUAA